AUGCAACCAAUCCGGGUUGGGGAGGAGAUUGGCGGGAAAACUAGAAGCCAAUCCUGUUUCGGCCAAUUUUCAGAGGCACAGCAAAAUCCACUGGCCGCCACCCCCUCGGCCUUCCCCCCUCAAUGUCAUGGGCGGCAGAGCAGUGGCUGCCGGUGCAGCCCCACUCCCCCCACAUCCUCCGUGCUGGCCGCCACCCCCAUCACCUCCCCUAACAUCAGGAGUGCUGAGGGAGGCGCGGGUGAGGUGACGGAGGAGGGCAACAGCUGCAGCCACGGAAAUUGCAGUCGCGGCAUCACCAGAGAGGUCGAUGGGAGGGCGGGCGGGGAUAGCUGUUGGUGCGCGGCGUAUGGGGCUGGUGGCCGGAACUUGGGGCUCGCCGGUGACGAGGAGCUGACGACGGGCGGCGGGGAGCUGACGACGUGCGGCGGGGAGCUGACGACGGGCGGCGGGGAGCUGACGACGGGCGGCGGGGAGCUGACUACGUGCGGCGGGGAGCUGACGACGGGCGGCGGGAGCUGA